UUCGGGAUUAUCUUUGUGGUGUUUGGACUCUUGAGUCCACGCGGGCCGUGGGAGUUAACGUGCGUGUGGACCUGCCGAGGGUUCAGCCAAAGGGGAGUGUGGCCAGACCUUCCACUACCCGUGGUGGAAGGGAGGAAAGAAGCCGUAAAGUUUGUGCUGCGAGAGCCAGGGAGGGAAGCUCUCCGCAUUGGAUGCAAGGGGAGCCAAACCCUAGUGCUUCCCUUAUUGACAGAACCAUCAAGAUGAGAAAAGAAACAGAAGCUAGGAAAGUGGUUUUAGCCUGGGGACUCCUAAAUGUAUCUAUGGCUGGAAUGAUAUAUACUGAAAUGACUGGAAGAAUGUGUAGUUUAUAUUAUAAUGUGAGAUACUGGCCCCUCUGGUAUAUAGAGCUUGCCCUUGGAUUUCUCUUCAGCCUAAACGCUUUAUUUGAUUUUUGGAGAUAUUUCAAGUACACUGUGGCACCAACAAGUCUGGUUGUUAGCCCUGGACAGCAAACACUUUUAGGGUUGAAAACAGCUGUUGUACAGACUACUCCUCCACGUGAUCUGGCAGCACCCCAAAUCCCUCCCUCUCCACCUUCUCCUUCAAUUCAGGGUCAGAGUGUAUUAAGUUAUAGCCCAUCUCGCUCACCCAGUACCAGCCCCAAGUUCACCACCAGCUGUAUAACUGGAUACAGCCCUCAGCUACAAGGUCUGUCAUCAGGUGGCAGUGGUUCUUAUAGCCCUGGAGUGACCUACUCACCCAUCAGUGGUUAUAACAAGUUGGCCAGCUAUAGUCCCUCUCCAUCUUCUCCAUACCCUACCACUGUUGGACCAGUGGAGAACAGUGGAUUGAGAUCUCGCUACCGUUCUUCACCCACCGUCUACAACUCCCCUACUGACAAAGAAGACUACAUGACAGACCUACGAACCUUGGAUACUUUUCUUAGAAGUGAAGAAGAGAAACAGCAUAGAGUUAAGCUGGGAAGCCCAGAUUCUACUUCGCCUUCCACCAGUCCUACUUUCUGGAACCACAGUCGUUUUAUGGGGGAUUAUGCACAAACUUUAAAGAAGUUUCAGUAUCAGCUUGCCUGUAGGUCUCAGGCCCCGUGUGCUAACAAAGAUGAAGCUGAUCUCAGUUCUAAACAAGCUGCAGAGGAGGUCUGGGCAAGAGUGACUAUGAAUAGACAACUUCUUGAUCAUAUGGAUUCAUGGACAGCCAAGUUCAGAAAUUGGAUCAAUGAGACAAUAUUAGUGCCACUUGUACAAGAGAUUGAGUCUGUCAGCACACAAAUGAGGCGAAUGGGUUGUCCAGAGCUGCAAAUAGGAGAGGCUAGUAUUACUAGCUUGAAGCAGGCUGCUCUGGUCAAAGCUCCACUCAUUCCAACUCUAAAUACAAUCGUGCAGUAUCUAGACCUCACGCCAAAUCAGGAAUACUUGUUUGAAAGGAUCAAAGAACUUUCCCAAGGAGGCUGUAUGAGCUCAUUUCGAUGGAAUAGAGGUGGAGACUUCAAAGGCCGCAAGUGGGAUACAGACCUGCCCACUGAUUCUGCUAUCAUCAUGCAUGUGUUUUGCACCUACCUUGAUUCCAGACUACCUCCACAUCCUAAAUACCCUGAUGGAAAAACAUUUACUUCUCAGCACUUUGUUCAGACACCAAAUAAACCAGACGUGACAAAUGAGAAUGUUUUUUGCAUUUAUCAGAGUGCUAUCAACCCUCCCCAUUAUGAGCUAAUCUACCAGCGUCAUUUCUACAGUCUUCCAAAGGGCCGAAAUAAUAUGUUUCAUACAUUAUUAAUGUUCCUCUACAUCAUAAAGACCAAAGAGUCAGGAAUGCUUGGGAGAGUUAAUCUUGGUCUAUCCGGUGUGAAUAUUUUGUGGAUUUUUGGCGAGUAGUGGGUCAUUUAAUUCCAAACUUUUGGACUUCAUUUGACUGAAUCAGAAGUUGAAUCUAAGUAUCUCUGAGUCACUGCCUCUUCUGAAAUAAGAUACAUAUGUGUAUGUUACAGACUUUAGAUUUAACAAAAAAUUAGCUAUUAUGAAACUUCUUUGUAAAAGUAUGCCCUAUAUCUUCUACACCAAGAAACAUUACUUUAUCAUUUCAGAAAAAAACUGCAAUCCUUCAGAUUUUUGUUGGCCAAAACAGUGCAGUUCCCCCUUGAGUCCUUCUUUACUGUAACCCCCCCAAAUAAGAAUCAUCUGCCUGAUUCCUCCCCACAAAAAUUGUUUUUUCAGUUGAGUUAUUUAGUAUAAAUAAUUUUUUUUAAAAAGCAAAUUGCUUAUUUUUUUUAGUGUUUAUAUUACCCCAGUGUUCAACAAAUUAGCCCAAGGCCCAUAUUUAAAGAAAUGAGAUAAACUUUUAAGUAAUAGUUCAUAUGCAUUUAAAAAAUAUUAUUGGAAGAGGUUUGACGGUAUUAAUGUUUAAAAAGUCAACUCUUGAUGAAGUUCACAGUCUUGAACAUGGUUUGAAAGAUGCUGCCUGAUCUUCCUUCUGCCCCCCUUGCCCCUGCCUCCACUCCAGUCUUGCCUUGCCCCUCUCCUUCCAUGCCCCAGCCACACUGGCCCUCUCUCAGCUCUCAUCCCAGGGCCUCCGUGCACUCCCGCUGCCUGAGACACUCCGGCCCCACUCUAGCCAACCCUCCUCAGCACCCUUCUAGGCUCUGCCUAAAUGUUGCUUUCCCAAAGAAGCUCUCCCUUCCCCCCACUCCUUCCAUUCCCACCUCCCGCAGAUCCCCUGACUGUUUUCUCUCUUGGUACCUUUCACCUUUCCUUCAUAUCACCGACCAUGGUUUGAAAUCACAUAGGCACGUGCAUUUCUUUAUAUGUCUCUCUAAACCUGUGCUGUUCAAUACAGCAACACCUGAGGCUGUUAAGCACUUGAAACACGCCUAGUCCAAAUUGCGAUGCGCCGUAAGUGUAAAAUCACACCGGUUUCAAAGACUUGAUAGGAAUAAAAGACUGUAAACUAAGAAAUAAACAACUAUAAAAAUAAAAAGUCAACUCUUGGGUUAAAUUUAGCUGAUAGAAUUAAACUAUUAGGUCUUAGUUAAGAGGCUGAAGACAUCAAGAAAACAAUUGCCUUGGUUUUAAUAACUCAGUUUCACUGUUCCAUAAUAUUGUAUUGAAUUCCCUUUAAAAUCAUAUGAUAUCUGUUUAAAUUUUUUAGAUAUGUUCAAAAUAUCUGGAAAGUAUGAAAUAACCAAGUUUGUAAGUUUUGCUUGACUCUCCAUCUUUAUUAUCUUACAUGUAUAUGUAGUAUAUCUAAGGCUAGUUAGCAAUUGCAUGCAUUUUUUGGGUUGACAUGUUACUAGAGACUGCUUUACCUGGAAACAACUAAAACUAGUAUUUUCUCAAUAACUCCGUGUCAUUAUUACAUAUGCAGCUCAUUUUGUGUAAUUUGUAAAUCUUGUUCCUGUUUUUUAAAAGUCAGAUGUCCAAAGGAAAGGAAGUUUCUAUCUUUUAACUGCUUUUGAUGUAUGUUAAAUUUGUUUGUUAUGAUAAAAUACCAAUUAAACAUGUUAAAUAUAAGAACAUGUAAAAAUCGAAGUCUCCUGUUUCAGAAGCUGGUGUGUCUACUUCACAAUUACAAAGAAUAAAAAAUGAUGUGUCAUUUCUUAUAUUAAAAAAAGU